GUGGAUGGAUGUACGGGGUUGGAACUAAGAGGAGGUCUUACAACACUUUCAUUUCUUGUGAAGUCCAGUGUUGUGCCAGCUGUACUUAGGAAGUCCAGGAACAAACAGCAACAAAAGAGAAGUGCCUCAGGGGUCAGCGUUUUUCGCCCCUUUAGUCAUACCAGGAGGAUUAAAGUGACAAGAAAAGGAGAAUUUGUACCUCUGACUUACUCUGCACAAUUAACCAGGAGUGUGAUGAGGAGUAAAGGUUAGAUAUACGCAAAUUUAGAACAGAAACCUUGUCAAGAUUUUAAGGAGUGGUUUCUGGCAGCCGAUGAGGUGCUUAGAAUACUGUCCCCUUAUUUCCUCAGAAUUAUAUACUAAUUUGUUUCAGUAUAUGCAAGGAACCUGGAUCACAAAUAUAGGACCAUUUCUUGAAAAUGGCUUUCCUGAGUCUCAUCUUUUUGUUAACCAUUGUCCAAGCUGAUUCUGCAAUUUCAAAUUCAAGUCCCAUUUUUGGACCAAAGGAGGUGACUGGGUUGGUUGGAGGCUCUGUUACCGUAAAAUGUUUCUACCCUCGUACGAGUGUGAAUAAACAUUCCAGGAAAUACUGGUGCAAGGAGUCAACACAACAUUGCUCUACUAUCAUUUCCUCUAAUGGAUAUGUCUCUAGAGGAUUUGAAGGUAGAACUUCAAUAAUAGAUUAUCCAGAGAAUGGACUAUUCAUCAUAGAAAUAUCUAAUCUGGUAAGAAGAGACAUGGGACCCUACAAAUGUGGCAUUGGUUUAAAUGACAAAGGACUUUCCUUCAGAGUCAAGCUAGAUGUUUCUGCAGGUUCCAUAAUACCUGAAGAAGCUCAGCUAUUUUAUGUUGAACAGCAUGGAUCUGUGACUAUAACCUGUGCCUUUGGUGAUGCAAGUGAUAGGAGAUACCUGUGCAAGUUGACAAAGUACACUUGUGCCACUAUCGUUGACACAAAUGGAAAUAUUGACCCAUUCUAUAAAGGAAGAAUUCUGUUAAGCAACCUGCAAACUCCUGGCUCAUUCAACAUCAUUAUCACCCAACUACAGAAGCAAGAUUCAGGAUUAUACCUCUGUGGGACUGGGAACUAUGGCGCAGAAGGAGAAACCAAGAAAUUGGAUAUACAUGUGUAUGAAGAUGUUUUGAUUUCCAAACAACAACCAAUACUAAAUGGAGUCCAAGGUGGUUCAGUAUCUGUUGAAUGUCAUUAUGAACCAAAAGAGAGCAAAACAACCAAAUAUUGGUGCAAAUGGAAUGAAAAUGAGUGUACCUUCUUAAUAAACAACUUGGGAGAUGUGCGGGAUGACUAUGAGGGAAGGAUAGUGAUGCACGAUAGUCCAGAGAAUGGCACCUAUACUGUCAUAUUGAACCAACUUCAUAAUGGAGAUGAAGGAUUCUAUUGGUGUAUGACAAGUGGAGAGCAGGAAAGGAAAUCAUCCACAGAGCUGAAGAUCAUGGAAGAAACAGGACAACCCAGUUUAGCAGUAGAUAAUGAAAUACAUGCUGUUGCUGGCGCUCCACUGACUAUAACAUGCACUUACCCAUGCAAAUAUGCUGAUUAUGAGAAAUACUGGUGCAAGUGGAAGAACACUGGAUGUGAACCUCUUAUGUCAUCUGAAGAAACCCAGGCUGGCUUAGUUGUUAGCUGUGAUAAAGGCAAUAGAAUUUUGUCCCUGCAUUUUGACCAAACAUCCCUAUCAGAUCAAGGAUGGUAUUGGUGUGGAGUCCGAAAGGGUGGCCAUUAUGGAGAAACAUAUGCAACGUAUCUGCAAGUGCAAGGAGUACUUCGAAAUGCUGAAGAACCUUUGAGGCCCAAUGAGGAACCUAGUGAUGUGGUUUCUCAAAAUAGGAUUGUUCCUUUAAACAAUGCCAACAAGGAAGCCAGCAAUGAUAUUCCAGCUGAAAGCCAUAAAGAAAGUAAACAUUCCACAGUUCUUCUUUCCAUUUUGCUCCCACUUGGAAUCAUAUUUGUACUUCUUGCCACUGCCUUUUUUGUUGUGAAAUUUAGGCUUUUCAAGCAUUCAGAUUUGGUCUCUGUUGGAAGCUACAGGACAAAUAUCAGCAUGACAGAUUUUGAGAAUGCAAGGCAAUACGGGGCAAAGGACAACGUGUGCGUGGCAGAAGCUCAUGAGACCCAAAUAGGGGGCAAGGAUGAUUAUAUCGUUACUACCAAUAGUCCUAAAGAGGCUGGUAAAUCAAAGGCAAAAAGGAACUCCAAAGAGGAUGUCGAGAUGGCUUAUACCACAUUCCUGCUUAAUUCUGAGAACAUCCAGCCUAGAGGCUCUCAACAACAAUAGAUCUCAGAAGCUCAGCAACUUCAUGAUGCACACUAUCAAAGACUGGCAAAAGCAAUGAUGUAACAGUAAUCAUACAGACAGGCUGUGAUUAGAAUCAAUUAUAUCAAUUGAGAUUGCCUUGAGAUUUAAAUUAGAUUUUAUUAUUUUCCUAAAUAAUUUCACUGAUGAUGCAGUAGGGUGCAUAAAGAUAAAAAUAUAUUUCAUUUAGAAAAACCAGCUUCAUUCUGAAGAAAUAUUAUUUUUAAAAAACAUUUUUUUAAAAAAACAUUAGAUAUGAAACAAAUGAACUUGUUAAAUGUUGUAACUAGCAAACCGAUGAAAUGUUGUAACAUUUUAUACUUAUUCAAUUAAAUAUAUAUGAAUGUGUUUUUAAAGGAACUUUGUACUCAUUUUGCCAGUCUGUUUACAUACACAAAAAUAAUGUAGGGGGUUUAAUUAGAAUAUAAUCUGAGAAAAAAUAAUCAUUUAGAAGAUUUUUUUAAAAAAAGAAUCAAAAUAAUUGAGCACACUUAAAAGUUUACUAAUCAUCUUAAUCAUUAUUUGAUGUAUUGGCCUUUCUACAACACAGCAUAUCUGGAAUUAGGUUAUUUUAAACUCACCACACUUUUUAGUUUCUUAGUUUGAGAAUUAGUGACUGACUCAGAAUACUGCAAGACUCAAAAGCAUGUUCAGUAUUUUGUGUCCCAUGCUAGCUAGGGAAUUCUGGAAGUUGGAUUUAGUAGUUGAUGGGAAAUGGACAAAGAGAAGCAUAAAUCUCAAAAUAAUAAUGCAAUAGACUUGGACAUAGUGGCACAGUGGUUUGAGUUUUCUACUAGGAUUCCAAGAGACCAGGGUUUGAAUUUUUGCUCUUGGGCAACAACCUCUCUGCCCUAAAAAUGAUUAUGGCAAACUCCCUCUAUAAAAUUAUUUCCAUGAAAAUACCAUGAUAGGUUUGCCUUAUGGAAAUGACUUCAUCUGGGAAAUGGCUUGGAAGCAAGAAACAACAUUGCUUGGAGUCAGUGACUUUAUAAUUUAGAUUAUUGUAUGUGUAAUCUACAAAGUUUUUGAUUAUUACAUGUUUCACCAAAUAAAUGUC